AUGCGUCCAAUCCUCCCUCAUCCAGCCCCGCGUGCAAACGAUACCCCUCAAAGCCAAUACCCCGAUCCUGAGCUUAGCCAGUUGCAAAACCCACCAUGGUCUAGUCAGUAUCAGUUAUAUGGGGGUGGGAGGGAACAGGCUGUAAGAGCGCCGGGUUGGGGAGACUUCCAUCGAAGAUAUUCAACAUCACAGAGGGGGGAAACAAGCCAUCAUGAUACCCCUCCAGGAAGUCAUUCGAUUCCACCCGGCCCAACAGGGCUUCCUUCUGGAUUCAAUACUCCCACUUUUGCAGAUCCUAAUACGCCAAUAGUUACAUCGGAGGCAGGAAGAGCACUGUCGAAUGUGGAUGCGGCCCAUGUCCCACCACGAGUCUUGGAUUGGCUUCAGAGUGACUCGCCACAUCUACACGAACAUACUCCCUCAUCAGAUCACAUAACCCCUCCGAUGCCGAGUUUUGAAAUAGACCCGAAUCUCGAUACAAGUAGGGCUGAGUUCGCAAUUCAUACUUCAGAACAGAGGACAAGAAGCAGAGAAAGCUCCGUGGUUGCUGACUUCGCAAACCAGGAGCGACAGGACAGCGAUGGAUAUAUUUCAGACGCUGACUCGGAAUACCUUGACCAUACAGGAAAAAUGGAGAAACUGAAGAACGAUGUUAUUAACCUUAACGACCGCGAUUCUGGAGACGAAUCUCUCUCCCAGUCACGACAGCCCAUCGGUCGUAGAGGCACCAGGGGCAGAGGCCGAGGUACUUUCAGAGGGCCUCGGAGGGCCGCUGAGCCAACUGGGGAUGUUAAAUUACGAUUAAGCCAGGCUUCGCAGUAUUUCAUCGAAGAGAAAUACCCAGAAUCAAGAGCGCUUGUCCAUGAGGUCAUCCGCAUCAACGCUGAGACCUACGAAGCAUGGACCUUGCUGGCUUCUAUCUUCAAGGAAGAGGGGGAUAUUAACAGCGCGGUGUACGGUCUCAUGUUCGCAGCCCACUUGCGUCCCAAGCACUUGUCGGCAUGGUUCAACUGUGCCAGAUUUGCACUCGAGGAAACAGGGGAUCUGCGGCCUUUCUACUUGAGAUCUGCCCAAUUCUGCUAUGCCGCUGCUGUACGUGCGGAUUAUAAAAGUCUGGAGGCUCACUUCGGGAAAGCCGAAGUCUUCUUAGAGCAGGAAAAGUACAAAGGUGCAAUUUCGGAAUACCAGACAAUUUUGAAGCUUAAUCCCCACAACAUAGCAGCUUUGCGGAAAUUGGCUGAAGCGUGUAUGGGAGCAGAAGCUGUCGACGUUGCCAAAGAUCGUUACAAGGAAAGCAUUGCGUACAUCAGGACAUCCCCAGACAAAUUUGACCAGUCUUUUGGCUGGGAAGAUGUCUAUGUAUAUGUGGAGCUCUUUGCGUUCGUUGGCCAGUAUGGUGAAGCUAUUAGAGAGCUGAAAACACUUUCUCGCUGGCUAUUGGGCCGUGAGGACGAAUACUACUGGGAUAGUAUUACUGCAGAUGAUUGCGAAUUUGACGUGGACAAUUCCAGAAGGCUUGCAAUCUCUGACUUUGCAGUCGAUAAAUUCCCUCUUGAGACUUAUGGAAUGAGUCUGCCUCUUGAGCUCCGGGUCCAGCUUGGGUUUUAUCGCUUACGACUUGGUGAUCAGGAUGAGGCAAUGCGUCAUCUAGAAUACCUUGAUCCCUCGAACACAACCGGCGAAGAUAUUGCACUGAACAAUCCAUUCCUUUACCUAAAUACCGCAAACCAACUCUUUGAAGCAAACCUUUUCAAGGACGCGUUAAGAUUCUAUGAGCCUUUAAAGGAGAUCCCUGAGGAGAUCACUACAUCACUAUAUACGCAAAUGGGGCUAUGCUUUCUAGGCGAAAAUCAGAGGGAAGAGGCAGAAACCCACUUGAAAAUGGCCGCAGAAAUGGACGAAUCUAAUGAAGACGCUCGAAUGCACCUAGCAAAAUUGUAUGAACAACAAAAACGACCGCAACAGGCGCUUGAGGUAGUCAACGAAGUCAUCUCAAUUAAGCGCAAGAAAAAUUCUGAAUUAGUCCGAAAAAGUACAUCAAAGGAUAAGCAGGCCUUAGCGGGCCAAUUUCGAAAACCCCCGAAAGAUCGGAGAGCUUAUAGAACCUCUACGCGACCGUUAGCGGACGAGCGUGUAAAAGCCCAAACAGAAAAGGCACAGCAUCUUCAGACCCAGUAUUACAUUAUGAAGAGCAUGCUUGACCCUAUGAGGGAAGGGGACGUGGAGGCCAUGCACCAAUGGAUGAAUGCUGCCCGCGAUCUUACAGAGGACUUCAGACAACUCAAAAGCUUCUACCCUUGGGAUAAAUAUAUUCAGUUUCAGGAAUACAGAGACGCGGAACGAGUACAAGCCAUGACAGCUUUAGAUUCCGAUUUAUCUUCAAUGGCUGAGCGAUUAGCCCGGAGUUUCGAAACGAAUCGUACGGAUAAGGACGAAAUGGUGCAACCUAAAGUUGUACCUACGGAAUAUAGAGGGAUUUCUUUCCAAUCUUGGCUCGACAUCCUCAUGGAAUACGCCAUUUGUAACGCUAGAAAUGGCAAUACUCGAGAGUCAUACGAAGUAUGCAACGCUGCAAAAGACGCUAUCAUCUACUACCAUUCCCCGGAGGAUAUGUUUUUAAUCCACCUAUGUUGGUGUAUGUGUGCGCUAAUCUCGAGCGACGAAGAAACAGUUGUAUCCAUGGCACGAUUUUUCAUGAGGGAUUACCAAUUCACGACAGAUUCAUACAGGCUCUUUGGUGUCUUGACUCGAAUGUGCCAGUCGCCGGUUUCAUGGUACUGCGCAGGGCCGACCCAGAAGUUUGUGCUCAGGCAAAUAAAGGCCAUGGAUUAUGCCCUCAUGGACGAAGAGACUCGCAAUGAGAAAUAUUUCCACGAGAAGGGCUCUUAUUCAACUCUAGACAAGCAUGGCAGGCCUAUUAUGAAUGACGACCUAGAUAUUUCGCUCCUCAUGCUAUACGGGUAUAUUCUCUUCGUGGGCAGCAGUUAUGCAUAUGCUAUAAACUACUUCCUACGCGCCCAUGCGCUAGAUCCUGAUAACCCAAUGAUCAAUCUUAGCAUAGGCCUUGCCUACCUCCACCACGCUCUUAAACGCCAAGCUGAAAACAGGCAGUAUGGCAUCCUCCAAGGACUUACUUUUAUCCUUCGUUAUUACGACGCGCGCAAGAAGUCCGAUCUCAUUGAAGAGCGGCUGGAAGCACAUCACAACCUGGCUCGGGCAUAUCACAUUCUCGGCCUUCCGCACCUUGCGAUUCCUUACUAUUGGAAGGUCUUACAGGAACAUAAAGGUGAUACUAAAGAGAACUUGGUAAUUGAAACGGCGUAUAAUUUACAGACGCUCUAUACGAUGUCUGGGAACCCAGAGAUGGCACAGAGCGUUACGAAGGAGUGGCUGGUCAUCUGA